ACAAACCCCCCACAGGCUUGGUCAGAACGCGUCUCUGAUUGGCUACGACCGUCGCUCCGAGUCAUUCCCUCCUCGUUCGGCCAAUGAACGUCGGUAUAUGUGCUUAGCGGCUACGUGAUUGGCUGGGGGAGGGUGUAACUCUUCAGAGCGCCAGAAACGAGCUUUAGCGGGUGAUUCAUACUGGCUUGGCGGCACGACUGAAAUAAGAUUAUUAGUUAUGAUCUUCUGAUUUGGAGAGAAAAUAUGUUCAUUUAAGGAGCAAUACAAAGGAUCACCACUUCACAUGAUUCAAUCACGCUUUAAGGAUUUUUUUAUUCAAAGAACGGGUGUUUAAGAUGGAGAUGAAGUGUUUAACACUAAAGGAUUUGAUUAGUGUGAGGACACUAGUGAAUAAGAUGGGCUCGGAGGAUACCGGAAACACCAAUGACCGGAAAGAGAACAUCUGCAUGGACAGAAGAAAAACGACCCCUCUGAAGUGUGAGUCUGUGAAUGGACAUAGGAGAGUGUCCAGCCCAGAUAUCACCCACAUGACCCCCAAUAAACACGCAGAGAGGGCCCAUCCGGACCCCUGGACCCCGACAGCAAACCUGAAAAUGCUGAUCAGUGCCGCCAGCCCAGACAUCCGCGACAGAGAGAUGAAGAAAACCCUCUUCAGACCCAUCGAGAAUGAAGAGAAGUCUGUAGAGGAGGAAGAAGAGGAAGAACUCGACGACUCGUGCCAGUAUGAAGCGUUAGAUGAUUCUGAGAGGAGACCCAGUCGCAAACAGAAGAGCUUGGGGCUUUUGUGUCAGAAAUUUCUGGCAUUGUACCCUGAUUACCCAGAAACCUCUGAGAGCAUCAAUAUUUCUCUGGAUGAGGUGGCCACACGCUUAGGCGUUGAGAGACGUCGUAUCUACGACAUUGUGAACGUGCUGGAGUCUCUGAUGCUGGUGAGCAGAAUGGCUAAGAACCUGUACGUGUGGCACGGACGCUCAGGACUGACACGGACCCUGCAGGAUCUCCAUCAGGCGGGACGCGAGCAGGGCUACCAUCUGCAGAUGGACCAGAGACCGUGUGACGCCCACCACGUGCAAAACUCACACGCGUCCUCCAGCAGACGGAAGGACAAAUCGCUCCGUAUCAUGAGCCAGAAGUUUGUCAUGCUGUUUCUGGUGUCCAAAACACAGACCGUUACCCUCGAUACAGCGGCUAAGAUCCUGAUCGAAGAGGGUCAGGAUGACUCCAGCCACAGCAAGUAUAAAACUAAGGUGCGACGUUUGUACGAUAUCGCUAAUGUCCUGACCAGCCUGAAUCUGAUCAAGAAGCUUCACGUGAGAGAGGAAAAGAGCCGGAAACCCAUCUUCAAAUGGAUUGGGCCUGCCGAUUUCCACAGCAGCUGCGAUUCAGACGAUUUGAGAGUCUCCAAAGCUCAGAUUAGCUCCACCGGGGAACAACGGGAGAAGAUGACGCGUCACUCCUCCUUCCAGGUCACUUCUACCCCUUCUGUCAAUCAAAGGCGGAUAAGCUCCGCCCCCAGCACACCUCACAGACCUUCCACAGACGAGCCGGUGGAUUAUUCUAGGAAGAGUGUGAACACUAACGCAGUGUGUCAACUGCAGUUUGGAGACAGUGUUCAGUCCAGUGGACGUCCUGUGGCGUCGUCUCUUCAGACAGAUGUGUCUCAUGCAUCUCUGCCCGUUUCAGCCCAGUUCGCUCCUCACCAGUUAGCAUACUUGCCCGGUCUGCCCCAAACACCCCUGAUCAUGGUGUACAGCGGACACGUGCCAGACGCCAUCGGGUCACCCGUCUCAGGACAUCUGAAGAAGAGAGAGAGACAAGAGGAAGAGAAAGAGGAACAGACAGCGAAACGAAGCAACCGCUCGGCUUCCAUAGAAAGUCAAAUGGGUGAGAGUGCCAGAAGGUCUUCAGUCUGCUCUGGCGACGAUUCCCCGUGGGACGAGACCUCGUUUGGGCCUGUAAAUGAGGAAGAGGCGGGAGCACGCAGCCCUAAAGACCCCCGGCUGUCCUCUCAUUACCUCUAUGUUCCCAACACGGCAGGUCUGAACGGUUUGAACUUCCUCGUGCCAGCGGGACACACACAAGGUGGCGUGCCGGGUGUAGCCAUGCCGUAUUUUUUAGUGCAUUCACCGCUCGUGCCCUCCUCCAGCGGCGAGGCUUUGAGUUUCAGCGUGCUGUCACCGGCUCGUUUUGUGAUGCCCGGAGGGGCGUUUGGUGUGAUCGAAACACUGAACACCACUGAGCAUCGUGCACAAGGAAGCCCUCGGCCAGCGCAAACACAGACUCCUGUGACACCAAAGGAAGCGGCGGGGUGCUCCAAAUCUUUCUUUGAGACGCCCGGAGCCUUUGGCUCUCUCAGCACCCCCCCGGCGGCACGCAAAAGAGGCUCCGCCCAGAGGAGGCUGGACAUCGGACACACCGCAGCCAAUUAAAUCAGCCGUAUUCAUGCUUCUGUGGUGCUACAGUGCCAAAGACAGACACAGCAUUACACCGCAAACUCGACUGAUCAACAUUUCCUGUUUAGUAGCGAGGGCAGAUAUUAGUGUAUGCGGCUCUAUUUGUUAUCCCAAACCGCUUUAGAUAGUAUUUUGGAGUUCAUUCGACAUCCUACUAGUAUAUAAACCGUUAUUAUUUAUUACAGCUGAGGCUCAAAUCAACAAUCCAGCUCUAGCACUACGUAUUUAAACAUGUGAAAACUAAUCAAGUCUGGAUCAGCCUCUGAGAGAGAGGAAAUGAGCCGUAUGUUCACUCUUUCACGAGUUUGUAGAAGUGCUAACAUGCCAAAACUGAGUGUGUUUGGGGAUACAGAACAAAAUAAUGGAUGUGAUUUUUGACACUGUUAAAGUUUAAGGUGCUACAUCCGUGAAACGGAUAGAAAACGGAGACAUACUUGAAGACCGGUGACUGAUCUGCUAUCACUGGAGCAAAGGUGAAAUAUCACAGUACUGUACCGUUUUAAACAAAGGAUGUUUAUGUAUGAACUCUUUGUAGACUAGUAAUAAAUUAUUUUUUUGGAAACGUACAUUUGGAUUGAAUUUUACACAACAUGGUUUGAUCCAUAUAACUGUACAGUAUUUACUGUAACUCGCAGCAUUGAAUAUUUUUUAUGCCGGUCAGUGUUUAAAUGUGCGGUGCUUUUGUGUUAAAUUAUUAGAUAUGUUUUCAAUCAUUUUAUGUAUGGACACGUGUGACAUACAAGUAGUACAAAAUAAAUCUAUGUAAAAUGUAA